AUGAUCAUGAGCACUCAUAUACUAGUACGGGAGACAGGAGCCUGGAGCCCCGAUGCGAGCUAUCACGCGCCGUCAUCUUACCACUAUGAAGCCUUGACUGCAAUUGCCGCUACUUUCCUUGCGCUCACGGUCACAUUCACCUCUCUCCGUUUCUUCGUCAGAGGCUACAUGAUUCGCGCUUUGGGUUGGGACGAUUGGUUGAUCUUACUUGCACUCAACAGCUUCAUCUGUCAAGCGGCCUUCCUCAUCCACAUUGCCUGGAUGGAGAAAUCCCACAAUCUAGAGCUCAUAAAGCCCUUGUCCAGCACCUUGGAGUAUGUCGUUCUUGAGUUUGCCUUCUAUCUACUCACCAGCUUGGCACUGAAGUUAUCGUUGGCUGUUUUCUUUUUGCGCAUCGUUCUGGAAAAGUGGCAGCGUCAGACCAUCAUCAUCAGCACUGUUAUUUUCUCGCUGUACACGUUCGGCUUCUUCUUUGUUGCCAUAUUUCAAUGCGGUGACCCGUCAAAAUACCUCCUUCACAAGGUGCAAGGAAAGUGCAUGUCGUGGAGCGCUCUCGGACCCUUGAACUACAUCCAUGGAGUCAUGAACGCUUUGACAGACUGGGUCUUUGUUUCUCUUCCAAUCCUCGUCGUCCGCAAGGCCAAUAUGCGCGGCAGAGACAAGUGGUCGGUGGUAUUCGUCCUCAUCGUCGGCGUUCUCGGCAGUGUGGCAUCAGUGGUCCGUCUCUUCUACAUCAACGACCUCCACUCUGGCGAUCAAGACGCCACGACAUUCUUCUCCAAUGCAUCAACCAUUGCUAUCGCCAGCACGAUCGAGCCCGGCAUGGGCAUCAUAGCGGCAUGCAUGGCAACCUUGAGGCCACUGUUCAAAAGCGUCCUGGACCGUACUCGCACUCACAUCUCGAGUUCCUCGGGGAAGAACAAACUGUCGACCGCAGAGCGUGGCCUUCCCUCCCGUAGCGGUGUCACAUCUCCACCACAGUCCCCUCGCCGAGGAGAAUUCGCUCAAUAUGGGUUUGCUUCGGAGGGCAAGUCCCGCUCCAAGAGCGAGCCACAAGUCGAAAUGUACGACCUAUCUGGAAGAACAUCUGCGGUUGGUUCGGAUGAAGUCAUGGUCCAGUUCGAUACUGUACAGUCUGAGAGACGCGAGUCACAGAGUCAAUUACUUGCCGAGCUACAGCAGGCCAGGCAAGCUUACAGUGCACGCAUCUGGAGCGGAAACGAUGACGGAGAAGUAAAGCCGAAUCUGCUACUACCCGACGCUUGA